UGCACACUCCUCAGGAAUAACUCCGUAGUUAUUGCACAAACAGAUGUAGAGAAACAAACGAAAAAGUGACACCCGAGAACCACCAACAGGUGACAAGCCCCCUUCAACACAGCAACAGUCGCUCGCUUUUUGCUGCGACGGUUCUUUCAGAGUUUGACUAUAGCUAUUUCCAUGGCUAUUUGGGAGAUUCGAUGUCUUGGCAAAAAAAACCCACACAGAACAAGUUCAAGCAGGUCUGCUAAGUUUCAGAAGCCAAAGUUGAAACAGAUAGCAGCCAUUGAUAUAACUUCCAGGCAAACACACUAGUCUGGUGCUUGUGAAUCGUUGCUUCUUUGGAUCUAGGUUAAGGCUGAGAUCUUUGCCUGUAAAUAAAGCAUCGUGAGAGCUUUAUGGCUUUGAACAGCUGUGGGCCCACCCAGCACCCAUCAUGUCGGAACGCAGCAUGAAAACAGCGUUAUCCUAGCAUGCUUAGCUCAACCGGGCACUGUGCUGAACUAGCAAGAAUUCUCCCGCACAACAGACUAAUUAAAAUCCCGGAAACUAUUUUGGACAACUCGCAAGCGUUUUACACCCCAGGAUGCUUGAAAUAAGCUGAGAGGGAAACCAUGUCUGAUCAAGAAGACGCGCAACGUACUAAGCAUUGCGUUGGCAAGAGAGAGGACAUCAUUCGGGCCAAGCGGUUGGUGAUGCCGGUGGAUGGCAGGGACAUACUGGUUCUCUACCAUGAGGGAGAAUUCCAUGCUCUGGAUGUGCGCUGCUACCAUGCAGGAGGGCCUCUGCAGAAUGCAGACAUUGAGGAAUUCGGUGGACGACUCUGCAUUGUGUGCCCCUGGCACAAGUACAAGAUCACUCUGUCCGAGGGAGAAGGACUAUACCAGUCUGUGGAUCCCACAGUCAGGCCCCCCCGCCCAGGGCCCUGGCGCUCCAAGGGUGUGAAACAGAGGGUACACCCCGUUUCCGAAAGCGAUGGCUACGUCUACGUUACCAUGAACACUUCUGCUGAGCCAAUCGAAUCGGACUUCUAUCAGACAGAGAGGUUCCGGACUACAACUGCUAAAACGUAACACAACCAAAGAAAAGGUGACAAUAGCAUACAAUCGGUGAUGUUCAAAGUUUUUAUUUUCUGUUAUUUUUUAAGUUACAUUCUGUGUAAUUUAUGAGAUAACAGUCUAAAUGUAAAUAUCAUUCUGCAGUAUCGGGGGUUGUGUGGACGGUUGUCUGUUGACUUGUUGAGUCUUGUUUUUGUUAUAAUUGAAUCAGCUGGUCAGUUAAAUGCUGAUUUGAUUACUGAUGUCUACUUUUCUCCUAAAAUUUCUCUUAUGCCUUGAAUCUCUGGCUGUAUCUCAAAGUCAAGGAUCCUGG